AUGCCGCCUCAUUGUGCUGCUCAGGACUUCGUGGGGCAGCCUUGGGGCCUCCCGAGGCCAUCGUGGGGCUCUUUUCGAAGUUCUGCACAGCUCCGAGAGUCUCCUGGGGAAGCUCCGAGGGGGGAGCGGGAGGGGGAGGAGGAGAAGGAGAAGCGGAGCUCGAUCCAGCGAUCAAAGACUGGCGGUGGCGCGCGUGCGCGCAAGCCGCAGCAGGCCGGCCAGUAUUGGAUGCAGCUCCUAAGACGGACAUGCAGCCUGCCGCGGACAAUCACCGCCUGCAAGCCAUCAAUUCAGACCUCGAGGAAACUCGUGCGCGCCCUGGUCGGCAAGGCCGCCUCCGUGUGGUCGUCCUCUCCGAGGAGGCCUCCCACGAGGACGCCAGCCGCCUUCAGGUUGCGGGCGAAUAAGUUCAGGUAUGCCGUUCCCUGA